AUGCCUGGUCAGCAAGGUGUCCACUCCAACCCAGCCCUGCAGAGUAUGGAUCCUAUGCAGGUAGGUGUCCAGAGAGCUGGCCUGCCCCAGCAGCAGCCCCAGCCACCCAUUGGAGGAAUGAGUCCUCAAGCUCAGCAAAUGAACAUGAAUCACAACACCAUGCCUUCACAGUUCCGAGACAUCUUAAGAUGUCAGGUGAUGCAACAGCAGGGAGCAGGUCCUGGAAUUGGCCCUGGAAUGGCCAACCACAACCAGUUCCAGCAGUCCCAAGGAAUUGGCUACCUAUCCCAGCAGCAACAGCAGCAACAGAAGCAGUGGAUGCAGCAUCACAUGCAACAGAUGCUGCAAGGGAAUAUGGGACAGAUCGGGUUUAGAGGUUUGUGCCGAGCGAUUUCCAAGGUGAAUGCCAGAGGACUAGGGUCGCAGCUGAAGGACAGCAUUCCAGUUACGGAGCUCUCAGCCAGCAGGUCCUUCGAGAGUCACGAUCUUCUCCGGAAAGGGUUUUCUUGUUUGAAAAAUGAACUUCUGCCCAGCCAUCCUCUUGAAUUAUCAGAAAAAAAUUUCCAGCUCAACCAAGACAAGAUGAACUUUUCCACCCUGAGGAACAUCCAGGGACUGUUUGCUCCCCUGAAGUUACAGAUGGAAUUCAAGGCGGUGCAGCAGGUUCAGCGUCUUCCAUUCCUUCCAAGCUCAAACCUGUCGCUGGAUAUUCUGCGGGGCAAUGAUGAGACCAUUGGUUUUGAGGAUAUUCUUAAUGAUCCGUCACAGAGUGAGCUGAUGGGUGAGCCACACCUGAUGGUGGAACACAAGCUGGGCUUGCUGUGAUGCGGGUGCCGCGCAGGAACACAGAAGUGCACCUGUAGCUGCCUCCGCUACAGUCUGGCAUACACAACAUUAAAGUACUGACGAGACCGCUUGGUCACUUGGAAAAAAAAAAGAAUUUUUGAUUUCUAG